AUGCAGGAGGAGGAGUGGAUGCUGGAAGGAGGGAGGCCGCAGUGGAGGAUCCUGCUGCUCCCUUCAGACGGAAGAGAGGGGGCGGCUGCACGGACAACGGACGAGCUCGCGGACUCAAUGUGUGAGCAGUCUGGAGUGAAGCAACGAGUGAACUUGUACGACCACGAGCUCGUCAAGUGCUCGGUAGUGCACCCGCACAAUCAGAUCAGCGAGAUCCCGUACGUCGCCGCCUACAGGUUUUCCCGCCCUCUUUAUCAGAUGCUGCGCAUGAGCCUGCACGCGCUCAGAUGGGCUGCGAGCAGGAGGAAAUAUGGCCUCCGACUCUCUUCCAGACUGACUGCGAAGAGGCGAAAGUUCGCCAUGUUGGCAUGGUCGAUGUCCUUGGCCAUGAGAUCAAGAGCACGGGAAGUAAAGAGCAUGUUUGCAUUCCUAGCGGUCAGGAUAAAGUUGACGGGGAGGAUGCAGUCCAAAGAUCUCUUGGGAUGGUUGGAUCUUGCUUCAGCAAGGAGCAGGGACAAGGAUGGAACUGGACGUGCCGUCGGUCAGUUUCAGCGGCAAAGACACGCUUCCGUAUCACAGCGACUGAUCGUUUUGUUGGCUCAUGGGCGACUGAACCACCUGAUGGCAUGUGAUUGGAGAUUGUUGUAUCUGAUGAGUUUGCAAGACUGGUGGGAGAAGAGAAGAUUUUCCCGUUGGAUCAAGAGAGAGAGUCUGAAGAGGAUGAGUAUGUGUUUCCUGCUGAUGAAGCAGGACCUGAUGAGAAACCGAUGGAGAAGGAAGCUGUUGUCAUCGAAGACGAGAAGAGCUCGUCUCAACCUGUGUGCGCUAGUUGUUGAGUUUUGGUCUGCGCGCAUCUCUCAUGUCAGUGCCGUCACAAGGAAGUUGAACAGAUUCUGCGAUCAGGCAAGGUCGAAGGUACAGAGGAGGGUGCUGUACAGGUGGAACGAGUUCUCAAGCUCUUUGACAUGGAGGAGGUGGGAAAAGCAGCACGAGAAAUCCUUGAGGAAGGAGGAGAGGAACGUUGUCCUGCACUGGCAUCUGCUAGCGAGAAAUCGAGGGGAAGGAAGGCUGCUGGCCUCCCGCCUCCUGUCCAGAUGCGCCGUGGAUGUCGCUGUCAGGUCCCUCAGGGUCCGGCUGCAGGCAUGGCGACGGAGAGCGAGAGUCUGGAUCAGCGCAAGCAAGAUGAGGGAGGGCGGGCGGGCGGCAGACGGGAGGAGGAGGCUGGAGGAGUGGCGGCGGGGAGUGAGAAAGAAGCAGUGGGCAGAGGAAGGGCUAGCGGGGCUAGCCGGGGGGUUGCUAGAGGAUGCAGAAGGGAGGGAGCGGAGGAAGCGGAGGAUGCGGCUUGAGGUCGUGAGGAGGAUGCAGGAGGGGGAGGGGGAGAGAGCGGGGGAGAGGAGGAGGAUGAGGAGGAUGAACAAGGGGCUACGGGGGCUGGAGGGACACGCGAGGAAGGCAAUGAUGGCUGGCGACCGCCUGGCUCGACUCGUUCGUCUGCUACAGCAGCAAAAGUGGAGGAGCAAAGCGAUCGGCUUGCAGCUUGAAAGGAAGAGAGAGGAAGAACAGAGGAGGAAGAAACAGACAAGCAUGGAGCGAUGGAAAAGAAGUAUGCUGUUUGAGCGAUUGCUGCGGCGCAACGAGGAGCAGGCCUACUACCGCUCCUGGCGCAGAUCCGCUCAGCUGAGCAUGCAGGCCUGGAGCGAGAGCACGAGGCGACGGCAGGCAGAGAAGGCGGCGUACUGGAGAGUGAGGGAGAGGACGGAGUGGAGGAGGAAGGAGCGAGCGGCCGGGGGUUGGAGAGGGGUAGCUGAGGAAGGGAGGAGGGUGCGGGGGAGGGAGGAGCGGGCGAGAGGACGGAGGGAGGAGCAGGUGGCGAGGAAGAGCCUAAAUGUAUGGAUCUGCACGCUCAGAUGGUUCGAUUGGAGGAGGAAGGUCGGAGCCAACGCGAUCCAGCGGAUCGGCACGAUGAAGAGGAGCGAGAGGUUGCGUGCGCUGCUCUCCUCCUGGCGACAGCUCUCCUCCUCGCCCUCCUCCCUUUCCUCCCUCGCCUCCUCCCUGCAGCUGAGGGAGCAGCGGAGGAUGGUCUGGAUCGCGCUGAGGAGGUGGAAGACAGAGGUUUUCCUGUCCGUGCGCAUUUCAACCAUCAUGCGCAUCCUUCAAAAUGGGCACGAGGCCAAGAUGCGGAUAAGGAUCCUCGCCAGGUCCUUCAAGUGCUGGUGGGAAAACCUAUUGGAGGCUCGGAGGAUCUCGCUUACCGUCCACCAGCUCCGCAUCCUACGACAGACCAUCGCCUCUCCGCUGGACCAUCGACCUAUGUCCCUCAGCGCUGCUCUUCCUCCCUCUUCUCAGUUCAGCUCACCGCCGCGCACAGCAAAUCCCAUGGGUGGUAUGAGAGGAGAGGAGGACAGCCUUAGGACAAGGAUGCAGCAGCUUCUUCAAGCUUCAUGGGCCCCAUGA